AUUCUCUCAGACACACGACAAAGAAGGUGGACCAUGGCAACCUCGGCAGUUCUCAGAGUCAUCCUGGGGGAGAACAGCAGCCAGAGAGUGGUCCUUCCCUUGGGCCUGCCAGAUACCGUGACUGAACUGGAGAAUGAGAUAAGGAGGCAGUGUCAACUUCAGGACUUGUUUCGACUGCAGUUCAUGGAUGAACUUUUUGGAAACAUCUUCCAGGACUUGACUUCCAUGGAAGAAAUACAAGACAGAGCUACAGUCAAAGUGCUGUCCCUCAGUCCUGUUGUUGCUGGGAGCUGUGACAAUGGCCCAUUAACUCCGACACACGUUCCUAAUCACGCUGGUGAACCCUCAUCCGUUUCACCUGCUGACACUACUGUGAUGCUCUCAUCUCAAGAGUCCGUUUCCCCUAGGUCUUCUUGGCCAGAGGUCUUCCACAUUCCCCGUUUUACUUAUGAUGCAGAGCUGAAGCUUGUCUACAGAGAAGAAGGGACGCGGCUGAUCCCUCAUCCAAAGCUGAGGUCUGACAUACUUCAGGGCUUGAACCAGGAGAUAGUCCAAUACAAAGUCUAUUUCGCAGACAUGAAUGCUGAGAAAAUCGCACAGGCGCUCAUCCAGAAACAUCCUUGCUUAACAGAGGUAGCCUCUGAGACUGGAUAUUCUGGAUGGGUAAGGAGUAUUAAAAAUAAGCUGUCCCAUUAUCGCACAAUUCUCCGGAAGAUGGGAUGUCGGGAAGUGACUGUAAAUGCCUUGAAGCACAAACCAGAUGGCAGACGCAGUCCUGCCUUUGCUGUUAAGAAGCCAAAGAGGUGA